AUGCGCUCAGUCGCCAUUCUGACGGCGCUCUACUUGGGGGGCGUCCUCGCGUCUCCGGCGCUGUCUCGCCCUGCCGCUCGCGACACCUCGGACAACCCGUUCGAAGGCCGCAAGCUCUUCAUCAGCCGCGCCUAUGCGGCGCAGCUCGAGGAGACGUUCGACACCUUCAUCGAGGCCAAUGACACCGAAAAUGCGCUGAAAGUACGCUACGUCCAGGACAACGGCGGCACGUUUGUCUGGGCGCCCAGCAUCGGCGGGCUCGGUGCUCUCGACGUGGCCAUCUCGGCAGCCCGCGCAGAGCAGAACCAGGGCGGCGUCGAGCAGAUUGUCGGCCUCGUCCUGUACAACCUGCCGAACCGCGACUGCAGUGCUGGCGAGAGCGCCGGUGAGCUGACGGGACAAGACGGUCUUCGGCGUUACAGAGACGAGUACGUCAACGCAUGGGCCGAAAGGCUGAGCCGUGCCUCGGACUUGACCUUUGCCGUCGUCAUCGAGCCUGACGCGAUCGGCAACAUGGUGACGAACCAAGGCAUUGAGGCCUGUGCCGUCGCCAAGCCAAUCCAGGAGGAGGGCAUCGCCUAUGCUCUGAAGAAGCUCCAGCUGCCCAAUGUCAACCUCUACCUUGACGUCUCCCACGGUGGCUGGCUUGGCUGGCCCGAUAACCUGGUCCUCACGGCCAAACAAGUCGCCAAGAUUGUGCGCCUCGCGGGCAGUGGCACCAAGAUCCGCGGGUACACGACCAACGUCUCCAACUACAACCCGUUCCACGCCGAGGUCCGCGAGGACUACACGGAGUGGAGCCCGUCGUGGGACGAGAACAACUACUCGCGAUCGCUGGCGCCGCUGCUCGCGGAGGAGGGUCUGCCGACCAACUUCAUCAUCGACCAGAGCCGCGUGCACCGGCCGGGGGCGCGUGAGGAGUGGGGUGAGUGGUGCAACGUGUGGCCUUCGGGUCUGGGCCCGACACCGACGUCCGACGUCGACAGCCCGUAUGUCGACAGCCUCGUCUGGGUCAAGCCGCCGGGCGAGAGUGACGGCCAGUGCGGCAAGCCGGGGGCGCCUCGCGCUGGAGCCUUCUUCAACGAGUACAUGCGCAUGUUGAUCGAGAAUGCGCACCCUGAUGUCGUGCCGGCGGAUUCGCUCGAGAGGCCGACGCAGCCGUGGUGGUAG